CCACGUAUGCGUACAGUUUUUCACAGCGUUGUAAACAACACUUAUUUGUUGGUGCAUACGGUUAAAGAAUGGCUACAUUAUGUUUAUUAGCAUGGUCGUUCCUGUUGGUUCUUAUUGAGCAUAGUUCUGUUUGUGGACAUGGCGUCAUCAGCAGGCAAAGCAAGAUCCCAAUUCUUAGAGACCUACCGUCACUGGAUACAGGCACAGGUACCGUUGAUAGGAAGAUCAAAGAAAAGGUAGACGGAUUGGAAAAGAAGUUCUACGAAACAGGCGUGGAAAUGCAGAGCAAGGAAGAGCUGCAACAAGAACAGGUGGCCGAUGCGUUGGUGUCAAAUCUCGCUGACACAUUGGGAAUCGCCACAGCAAAAGUCAAGAGAAUGGUUGCACCAAAAGUUUGUAAGGGCCAGGCAGACAUAAUAUUUAUCUUGGACGGAUCUGGUAGCGUCAGCGCACCCGACUUUGCCAAACAACUACAAUUCAUCAAGUCUUUGGUGAGGAAAUUCGACGUUGGACCAAACGCGGUAAAGGUCGGCGUUCUGCAGUACUCAAACUACGCAGUGCAGGAGUUCAACCUCAACACUCACAGCACCGAGGCCGCCAUCUUAGCCGCCGUCGACAAGAUCAAGCAGAAGAGAGGUGGUACUAACACAGCUUUAGCCCUCUCCACCGCCCGCACCAGCAGUUUCACGACUGCCAAAGGCGACCGGCCAAACGUCUCGAACAUCGUUAUCGUCAUGACCGACGGCAGGUCUAAUAACAUGGUGGCAACCGCCAGAGAAGCAAACAUGCUGCGUAAGAUUGCGUCUGUGUUCGCAAUUGGAGUUGGGAGUAAUGUUAAUACUGCCGAGCUGAAGGCCAUGGCUACCGACCCGGAUAGUAAAUAUGUGUUUACUGUGACAGACUUCAGUGCGCUGUCAAAUAUAGAGACAAAGUUAGCCACGGAUGCUUGUGCACCCUGCAAGGGUCAAGCAGACAUAACACUCAUCUUGGACGGAUCUGGUAGUGUCAGCACACCCGACUUUGCCAAACAACUGCAAUUCAUCAAGUCUUUGGUAAGGAAAUUCAACGUUGGACCAAACGCGGUAAAGGUCGGCGUUCUGCAGUACUCAAACUACGCAGUGCAGGAGUUCAACCUCAACACUCACAGCACCGAGGCCGCCAUCUUAGCCGCCGUCGACAAGAUCAAGCAGAAGAGAGGUGGUACUAACACAGCUUUAGCCCUCUCCACCGCCCGCACCAGCAGUUUCACGACUGCCAAAGGCGACCGGCCAAACGUCUCGAACAUCGUUAUCGUCAUGACCGACGGCAGGUCUAAUAACAUGGCGGCAACCGUCAGAGAAGCGAUCAUGCUGCGUAAGAUUGCGUUUGUGUACGCAAUUGGAGUUGGGAGUAAUGUUAAUACUGCCGAGCUGAAGGCCAUGGCUACCGACCCGGAUAGUAAAUAUGUGUUUACUGUGACAGACUUCAGUGCGCUGUCAAAUAUAGAGACACAGUUAGCCACGGAUGCUUGUGCACUUAAAGUGAGAUUGGUGGGUGGUGCUCGUGGAGGUGAGGGCAGAGUUGAGGUGUUCUACAACGGUGAAUGGGGCACUGUCUGUGAUGACGACUGGGAUAACAACGAUGCCCGUGUGGUCUGCAGAAUGCUUGGUUACAAUCCCACUGGCUCUGUUUCCGUUUCCCGCGCUCAUUUUGGACGAGGUACUGGUUCCAUUCUUAUGGAUAACGUCGCCUGCUCUGGGAACGAAGCUUCUAUCCAAGAUUGUGGUCACAGAGGUUGGGGGAAACACAACUGUCGUCACUUUGAGGAUGCUGGUGUCAGGUGCCGCACUGUUAAAGUGAGAUUGGUGGGUGGUGCUCGUGGAGGUGAGGGCAGAGUUGAGGUGUUCUACAACGGUGAAUGGGGCACUGUCUGUGAUGACGACUGGGAUAACAACGAUGCCCGUGUGGUGUGCAGAAUGCUUGGUUACAAUCCCACUGGCUCUGUUUCCGUUUCCCGCGCUCAUUUUGGACGAGGUACUGGUUCCAUUCUUAUGGAUAACGUCGCCUGCUCUGGGAACGAAGCUUCUAUCCAAGAUUGUGGUCACAGAGGUUGGGGGAAACACAACUGUCGUCACUUUGAGGAUGCAGGUGUCAGGUGCCGCACUG